GAUGUUAUAAGCAAAAUGGUACAUUCCCAACACAAGUUAUUCUCUUUGCUUUUGCCUUCGGUCCUAGACAAGCUUUUAUUACCAGAAAAAUAAGAAUAGAAAACAUAUAUUGUGUGUAGCGGAAUGAUCUUUAUUACCAAGAUGUCUCUGAUCUCGUUCUGCAUCAUUCAUCUUCUCAUAUUCUUCUUGAUUUCCACCUACGUUAUCUGCAAUCAGGAGGAAGAUAAUCUUCUUCAAGGUCUAAAUAGCUACCGAACUGCUCAAAGAGUUCCACCUUUCGCAAAGAACGAUAAAGCUGAUUGUGUGGCCGAUGAGAUAGCCGACAAGCUAGAAGAUGAACCAUGCACAAACCACACCACAGCCAGCACAGUUACUCCUGGAUCAGUCCCUCCACGGUUAUCAAACUACCAAGAAAUUCUCUCCGAGUGCAAGGUCGACGCAAACAGUACCCGUGAUGCGUUGAUCUUACCGGUUUGUAUCCCUAACCGGGUUCCUACUCUGGCUCUAACUAACUACACCCAUACUGGUUAUGCUCAGUACCUGAAUGAUUCGAGGUAUGUUGGGGCUGGUGUUGGGUCGGAGAAAGAGUGGAUGGUUGUUGUGUUGACCACGAGUACUCCUGGUGGAAGCUUUGCGAGUGGUGAAGCGAUAUCAGCAAGAGCUACGGCUGGGUUAGCUAUGAUGGGGUUGUUGUUUAGUUGCAUUUUGGUGUUGUGAGCUGAUGAUGUUUCUGUUUUGUACUUCUGUGUGAAGUUUUUUUUUUUGUGUGUAUUUUGUAUGUUUUUUUUUUGUAACGGGACACCAGAAUGACGGGACAAGAAAAAAAAAAACCAAGUUUAGUC